AUGUCGGGAUCUGAUAGUUUCGAAAAUGAUCCAGGAUUCCCAUAUUUGGGAAUCAGUAGAGAACAAAGAUCGGCGAAUGCUGCACGAGCUUUUGAUUCCAAGAAGAAUUGCUGGAUUCCGGAUCCAGAAGAUGGUGAGUUGAAGGGAGAAGAGGGAUUUAGUGUGAGAAUUUUACUAAAAUAUUUUGGAAAUUUUAUGAUUUGGUCUUGAGGUUGAAAAAUUUCAAGACUAAUUUUCUUUUGAAAUGUUUUCUAGAAAUUUCAAAAUUCCACGUGGCAUUUUUUGCUUAAAAUUUAAGAAAGAAUACUCCACGUGACAUUUUCAUGUGGAUUUUUUGUUGUGCUGACAUUCAAGAUUUCGAAUUUUUUUUCUCAUUACUCCAAAUUAAAAUUCAGAAUUUUUUCCCUGAACUUUUACCAAACUUUAAUCUUCUUCCAAUUGAACCCGAUUCCAAUUCCAAUCAAAUUUCAAAAAUGUAUGUGUGUGCCCCACUAGUUUUUAAAACAUUACACAUCAAAAAAAUCAUCAUCAUCAUAGUAGUAGCCAGAGCUCAUCUCAUUCUUCACCUACGCAAAAUAUCUCUGGUGGGAGGAGGAAAAAUAGAGGCAAAGGAGAGAGAGAGCAAUUGUCCUUGUGUUGGAGAUUUUUUAGAAGAAUCAAAAAUAAUAUGAAUGUGUGAGAAGAAGAAUAAGAAAAAAGAUAUGAAAUAAAAGAAAACAACAAAAACAGAUUGAUGACAGAUGUUUGGUGUUUCGAAGUUUCGAAUUUUGAACUAGAGAAAUUUGAUAUCAUGAAAAGAUAGACUUUGGAUCAAAAACUGGAGAAGGGGUCUGAGAUUUGAAAAAUCUAAAAACAAACUUCUGAGGUCCAAUCAAUAAAAGCUGAUUUGGAUUAUUAAAAAAAUUGAUUUAAAAAAUUAACCUUCAAGAAGUACGUUUCAAAAAUCUAGCAAUUAUGGAAAUAAAAAUGCAUUUUGAUGAAUUAGUGGUACGACACAAGAAAAAAAAUGUUGCAGGAUUCGUCGCCGCCGAAAUCCAAUCAACAACCGGUGAUCAAGUGACCGUAGUUACCUCAAAAGGUAACCAAAUCACUGUGAAAAAAGACGAGUGUCAAGAGAUGAAUCCUCCAAAAUUCGACAAAACAGAGGACAUGGCCAAUUUGACGUUUUUGAAUGAAGCUUCAGUUUUGGCCAAUCUCAAGGAUCGUUACAAGGAUUUGAUGAUCUAUGUGAGAUUGAUUAGAAUUAGAUAACCAACCCAAAUAUUUUUGAUUUCAGACUUAUUCCGGACUUUUCUGCGUCGUCAUCAAUCCCUACAAACGUCUCCCAAUUUAUUCGGAAUCAGUUAUCAAACAUUACAUGGGCAAACGACGCAACGAAAUGCCGCCACAUCUUUUCGCCACAUCCGACGAGGCCUAUAGAAAUAUGGUGCAAGACAAGGAGAAUCAAUCGAUGUUGAUUACUGGAGAAUCGGGUGCCGGAAAGACUGAGAAUACCAAGAAGGUUAUCUCGUAUUUUGCGAUUGUUGGUGCAACUCAAUCGAGUGCCAAAGAUGGCGGAAAGAAGGGUGGAACUCUUGAAGAGCAAAUUGUGCAGACAAAUCCGGUUUUGGAGGCUUUCGGUAAUGCAAAGACUGUCAGAAACAACAAUUCAUCGCGUUUCGGAAAGUUCAUUAGAACUCAUUUUUCGGGAACCGGAAAAUUGGCUGGAGGAGAUAUUGAACAUUGUGAGUGAGAAAUUUUAAUUGGGACCUAUGACGUGGCAAAUUUUUUUUUUAAAUUUUAUUCAGUUACUUGAAAAUGUAUUCCAAUUUGCCACGUCAUAAAGGAUUAAGUGGGAGACGUGAAAUUUCGUUUUAAAAUUACCGAGUAAAUUGCCACGUUUUUUUAAUAGUUCAGAAUUUAUGACGUGGUAGUUUAGAAAUUUCAUUUGAGCUUGAAAAAAAUGCCACGUCAUCAGGUAACGUGGUUAUUUAAAUUAUUCCAGAGCUAUUUUUAAUUGAUCUAGAAUUCUAUGACGUGGCACUUUCUGGACUCUCAAAAUUCCGAUUCUAAACUGCCACGUCACCCCGACUCGAUCCCCCAACAAUCCCAAAAAAUUCCAGACCUUCUCGAAAAAUCGCGUGUCGUCCGUCAAGCGACCGGAGAACGUGCCUACCACAUCUUCUACCAAAUCAUGUCCGGUUUCGACCCGUCGCUUCGCAGCAAACUCAAACUCGACAAAGACAUCACCUAUUAUCAUUUCUGCUCACAAGCCGAGCUCACCAUUGAAGGAAUGGACGAUAAAGAGGAGAUGAAAGCGACGCAAGAGGCGUUCGAUAUCAUGGGCUUUGAAGAAUCCGAAGUGUCGGAUUUAUAUCGUGCUGUCGCUGGUAUCAUGCACAUGGGAGAGAUGAAAUUCAAACAACGUCCAAGAGAAGAGCAAGCUGAAGCUGAUGGUGAAGAAGACGCGACAAAUGCUGCCGCCAUGUUCGGAAUCAACCACGAACAAUUCUUGAAGGCGUUGACAACCCCAAGAGUUCGCGUUGGAACUGAAUGGGUUAACAAGGGACAAAAUUUGGAGCAAGUCAAUUGGGCUGUCUCCGGUUUGGCUAAGGGUAUCUAUGCUCGUAUGUUCAAAUGGAUUAUCGCCAGAUGUAACAAGACUCUUGAUGCUAAAGAGAUCGAGAGAAAACAUUUUAUCGGUGUGUUGGAUAUUGCUGGUUUCGAAAUCUUUGACUUCAACUCAUUUGAACAAUUGUGGAUCAACUUUGUCAAUGAGAGACUUCAACAAUUCUUCAAUCAUCACAUGUUUGUUUUGGAGCAAGAAGAAUACAAGAGAGAAGGAAUUGCGUGGACAUUCAUUGAUUUCGGUUUGGAUCUUCAAGCCUGUAUCGAACUCAUCGAGAAACCUCUUGGUAUCAUCUCAAUGCUCGAUGAAGAAUGUAUUGUUCCAAAGGCAACUGAUAUGACCUACGCUCAAAAACUUUUGGAUCAACAUCUUGGAAAACAUCCAAACUUCCAAAAACCAAAACCACCAAAGGGAAAACAAGCCGAGGCUCAUUUCGCCAUUGUUCACUACGCUGGAACUGUCAGAUAUAAUGCGACCAACUUCUUGGAAAAGAACAAGGAUCCACUUAAUGACACAGCUGUCGCUCUUUUGAAACAUGCUGAAGGCAUGAACUUGAUGUUGGAUAUCUGGAGCGAUUAUCAAACUCAAGAAGAGGCUGCCGAGGCUGCUAAAGCUGGAACUGGUGGUGGUGGAAAGCGUGGAAAAUCAUCGUCAUUCAUGACUGUUUCAAUGAUCUAUCGUGAAUCGUUGAAUAAUUUGAUGAGCAUGUUGUACCAAACACAUCCACAUUUCAUUCGUUGUAUCAUUCCAAAUGAGAAGAAGGCUUCAGGAGUCAUUGAUUCCGCUUUGGUUCUCAAUCAAUUGACAUGUAAUGGUGUGUUGGAAGGUAUUCGUAUUUGCCGUAAAGGUUUCCCCAACAGAAUGUUGUAUGAUGAUUUCAAACAUCGUUAUGCGAUCUUGGCUGCUGAAGCUGCUAAAGAUUCCGAUAUCAAGAAAGCAUCGGUUGGAAUCACCAACAAACUUGUUAAUGAUGGUUCCUUGACUGAUGAAGAAUUCAAGAUCGGAAACACCAAGAUCUUCUUCAAAGCUGGAAUUCUUGCCAGACUUGAAGAUUUGAGAGAUGAGAUUUUGUCGAAGAUUGUUACCACUUUCCAAUCAAGAAUUAGAUCUUACUUGGCCAAGGCUGAAUAUCGUCGAAGACUUCAACAACAAACUGGACUUCUUAUUGUUCAAAGAAAUGUGAGAUCUUGGUGCUCAUUGAGAACCUGGGAUUGGUUCAAACUUUACGGAAAAGUCAAGCCACUUAUCAAUGCUGGACAACAACAAGAAGCUAUGGGAGAACUUGCUGAAAAGAUUCAAGCUUUGGAAGAUGCUGUGCAACGUGGAGAAAUUGCGCGUGCUCAACUCGAGACUCAAGUUGCUGAUUUGAUUGAGCAGAAAAAUGAGCUUUUCUUGAACUUGGAAAAGGAGAAAUCGAAUUUGGCUGAGGCGCAAGAACAAAAUGAUCGCUUGAAUCAAUUGAAGGCAACACUUGAAUCGAAACUGACUGAUAUUGAGGGAAAAUUGGAAGAUAUGCAAGAGAGACAUGAUGAUUUGGCUCGUCAAAAGAAAAAGACUGAAGGAGAGUUGUCUGAAUCAAAAAAACAAGUUCAAGAUCUUGAAUUGUCUUUGAGAAAGGCUGAGCAAGAAAAACAAUCUCGCGAUCAUAACAUCAGAUCUCUUCAAGACGAGAUGGCUAAUCAAGAUGAAUCAGUAGCCAGAUUGAACAAAGAGAAGAAGCAUCAAGAAGAAGUCAAUCGUAAAUUGAACGAAGAUCUUCAACAAGAAGAGGACAAGGUCAAUCAUUUGGAGAAAGUUCGAGGAAAACUCGAACAACAAAUGGAUGAUUUGGAAGAGACAAUUGAUCGGGAGAAGAGAUCGAGACAAGAUGUUGAGAAGAAUAAGAGAAAAUUGGAGGGAGAAUUGAAAGUUGCGCAAGAGAAUAUUGAUGAGAUUUUGAAGCAAAAACAAGAUGUUGAGAAUACUUUGAAGAAGAAGGAAGAUGAUUUGCACGCUGUUUCAUCGAAAUUGGCUGAUGAGCAAUCAAUCAUUGCCAAGCUUCAAAGACAAAUCAAAGAGCUUCAAGGAAGAAUUGCUGAACUUCAAGAGGAACUUGAAAAUGAGCGUAAUUCUAGACAAAAAGCUGAUAGAAAUCGAUCAGAACUCCAGAGGGAGUUGGAAGAUAUUAGCGAGAAAUUGGAGCAACAAGGUGGAUAUACUGUUGCGCAACAAGAGGCUAAUAAGAAGAGAGAAGCUGAGAUUGCCAAGCUCCGCAGAGAUGUUGAAGAGAACUCGUUGAAUCAUGAAACUGCCAUGGCUGCUUUGAGAAAACGAAAUGGUGAUGCGGUUGCUGAGUUGACUGAUCAACUUGAGACUUUGCAAAAAUUGAAGGCUAAGGGAGAUGCUGAACGCGCUAAAUUGCAAAGAGAUUUGGAAGAAUCACAAUCUGGAAUUGAUUCGGAAGUUAGAUCGAGACAAGAUUUGGAGAAGGCUUUGAAAACCUUGGAAGUUCAAUAUUCUGAACUUCAAGGAAAAGCUGACGAGCAAUCGAGACAAUUGCAAGACUUCGCAUCACUCAAAAACCGUUUGAACAAUGAAAAUGGUGAUUUGGGAAGACAAUUAGAAGACUUGGAAAAUCAACUAAACUCACUUCAUAGACUCAAAUCAACUCUUGUUAGUCAAUUGGAAGAGACUAAGAGAGGAUUGGAUGAGGAAAGUAGAGAGAGACAAGCAUUGGCUGCUCAAGCAAAGAAUUUGGAACAUGAGAAUGAUAUUCUUCGUGAACAUCUUGAUGAGGAAGGUGAGGCUAAAGCUGAACUUGUUCGUCAAAUCAGCAAGCUUAACGCUGAAAUUCAACAAUGGAAAGCCAAGUUUGAUUCGGAGGGAUUGAGCAAACUCGAGGAGAUCGAAGAGGCCAAGUGAGUUUUUGGGGAAGGGAUUGGGAAUGAUUUUUGUACUUCCGAAUAUUUUUUUAAAAAAUAAAUGUAACCCUAGCUUGGGAAGUUCUAGAAUUCUCCCUCUAGAUCCUCAAAACCCCUCUACAAUUUUUCUUUCAGGAAGAAACUUCAAGCCAAGGUUCAAGAAUUGUCUGAUGCCAACGAGGCAGCUUUCGGAAAGAUCGCAUCGCUUGAAAAGACACGUCAUAAGUUGAUGCAAGAUUUGGAUGAUGCCCAAGUGAGUUCAUCAUCUUGAAUUCGGAUGUUAAAAAUCAAUAUUUUCAGAUCGAUGUUGAGAAGGCUUCUGCCUAUGCUAGCGCUUUGGAAAAGAAACAACGUGCCUUCGACAAAAUUGUCGAUGAAUGGAAGAAGAAAUCGGAUGAUUUGGCUGCUGAACUUGACGCUGCUCAACGAGACAACAGACAAUUGUCGACUGAUUUGUUCAAGGCCAAGACUGCUCAAGACGAAUUGGUUGAAUAUUUGGAAUCAACCAGAAGAGAGAAUCAUCAAUUGUCUCAAGAAGUUCGCGAUUUGACAGAUCAACUUGGCGAGGGUGGAAGAUCAGUCGCCGAAUUGCAAAAGAUCGUAAGACGUUUGGAAGUGGAGAAGGAGGAACUUCAAAAGGGACUCGAUGAGGCUGAAGCAGCACUUGAAGCUGAAGAAGCCAAAGUUCUUCGCGCACAAAUUGAAGUCUCACAAAUCCGCUCAGAGAUUGAGAAGAGAAUUCAAGAAAAAGAAGAGGAAUUCGAGAACACUAGAAAGAAUCAUCAAAGAGCGUUGGAAAGUAUGCAAGCAACUUUGGAAGCUGAAACUAAACACAAGGAGGAGGCUUUGAGAAUCAAGAAGAAGUUGGAAUCUGAUAUUAAUGAUUUGGAAAUUGCUUUGGAUCAUGCUAACAGAGCUAAUGCUGAUGCUCAAAGAACAAUUAAGAAAUACAUGGAUACUGUUAGAGAAUUGCAAUCACAAAUUGAAGAGGAGCAACGGCAAAAGGAUGAGAUUAGAGAACAAUUCUUGAAUUCUGAAAAACGAAAUGCUAUUCUUCAAAGCGAGAAAGAUGAACUUGUUCAACAAGCUGAAGCUGCUGAAAGAGCCCGAAGAAACGCUGAAGCUGAUUGCAUUGAGCUCCGCGAGCAAAACAACGAUCUCACCAAUCAUUUGUCGACUGUUACUGGAAUCAAGAGAAAACUCGAGGGUGAAUUGCAAGCAAUGCACGCUGAUUUGGACGAAGCUUUGACUGAAUUGAAGGUUGCUGAUGAGAACGGUAAAAAGGCUGCUGCAGAUGCUGCGAGACUUGCUGAAGAAUUACGACAAGAGCAAGAGCACUCGAUGCAUGUUGAGAGAAUUAGAAAGGGAUUGGAGAUUCAAAUCAAGGAGAUGCAGAUUCGAUUGGAUGAAGCUGAAGCGGCUGCGUUGAAGGGAGGAAAGAAGAUUAUUGCACAAUUGGAGAGUCGAAUUCGAGCGAUUGAAGGAGAAUUGGAGGGAGAGCAACGACGUCAUCAAGACACUGAGAAGAAUUGGAGAAAAGCUGAACGACGAGUUAAAGAAGUUGAAUUCCAAUUGGAGGAGGAUAAGAAGAAUCAAGAGAGAUUGACUGAAUUGAUUGAUAAACUUCAGACGAAAUUGAAGACUUUCAAGAGACAAGUUGAAGAAGCUGUGAGUUUGGAUGGGGGGAACCCGGGUAAAAAACUGACCUGGAAGCAUUUUGAGGAUUGGGUAGAAGCUUGGAGGGUUGACGUUCCGACGGUUUCGGGAAAAAGGUCGCAAGUGAAUUCCUGAAAAAUUUCGAAAUCAAGAGAAAUAGUGAAACCACGAGUAGAGUAGAUGAGAGAGUGUGGAAAAUGUGGAGAGAGUUAGUGAGAGAAAGGAGACGUAUAUUCAAACUAAUAUAUUUUGUGAAAACGGAAUGAAUCUCUCAACUAGAAAAUAUUUUUGAACGACAGAAAAAAUAAAAGAUGGAGCGAAAAGGUAGAUCAAAAAGGCAAAAAAUCAAUUUUCUUUCCAUCAUUUAUUUUUUUCUGUCGUUCAAAAAUAUUUUCUAGUUUGAAGUCAUUUUCCCAAAUUCCUUUAGUCUAACCCUUCCUGAAAACUUGAAGGCUUGAAAAAUUUAAAAAUUUAAAAAUUUAAAAAUGAAAUUUAUUCCACGCAAGAAUUUUUGAAAAAAAAAUUCACGUGACCAUUUUUUUUUCAUUUUUCAUUUUUUUUGAAUUUUCAAAAAUCCCUCAAAAAAUCGUCAUUUCAACAAACAUCAAAAUAAAUAGAAAUUGAUCCGAAAUAUAGGUAAACAAACAAAGUUCAGACUAGAAACAGCACCCGAUUUUUGAUCAGAUGGAAGCUUAGUGUGCAAAUAAAAUCCGUACGAGGUGUCAAAACACGAAAAAUAAAAUUAGUUCAUCCAAGAAACCCCUUUAAAAAUCUUUCAGGAAGAAGUAGCGGCCACAAAUCUCGGAAAAUACAAGCAACUCCAAGCCGCCUACGACGACGCAGAAGAACGUGCAGAUAUUGCAGAAAACGCAUUGUCGAAAAUGCGCAACAAGAUCCGCGCGUCAGCCUCAAUUGUGCCGCUCGACGGACUUCCACUCGCUCAAUCUCAAUCUUCCGCCAUCAUUCGAAGCGCAUCAAAUGCCCGAUUCCUUCAAUAA